UAUACAGCCCAUCGGCCCAUAACAAGAAUUUUGAAAACUAUAAACAAAAUAUCUUUUCAAGAGUUUGUUACUGUGUCAGUCCCGCCAAGCAGAGACGGAGAGAAGAAUCGCCGGAAGAGAGAAACGCCGGCGAUCUGAUCGUCGCCACCUCCUUCUCUCCGCUAAAUCGUGAAUCUCUUCUCUGUAUCCGGAGAGGACUGACAAUGGACAAAACGAAACGCAAGAAGGAGAAGGGAGGUUCUUCGUCGAAUAACAAUGAUGCUGCUACUGCUUCUACAUCGGGCCGGAGUGGCAGAGGAAAGCAGAGUCAAGCUACCAAUCCUUUGACGGUAGGACAAGCAAUAAUGAAGGCAAACUACCACUCCUGCUGCCGACAGUUUUACACCUUACCGGAGUUGAUUGAGUUCAUGACAACCAGGCACCGCGGCUUAACAGCAGAGAUGGUGACAACGGUUUAUAGGGAGAUGUUGAAAAGCAUAAAUGCUGAAUUGUAUCUGAGAGCUGCACAGUAUCACUCUACAGCAAGGGAAAUUGAGCGCAAAAGGCGGGAAACAGCUGACUCUGUGAGCACUCCUCGUGCAAGUACGAGCACUACUGCUCCUGCUCAGAGCGAUGGCGAUAGUUCUUCUUCUUCUUAAGAGGUAUGUUUCGGAAAAUUACUUGGAAAAAAUAUUCAUCAAUAUGAAACUGAAUCCAUAAUAAAAUGUAAACAAAAACCUUACAAAAAUCCAAAUCGAAUCAAACAAUAAAAAAAAAAGAGUUUCUGGA